AUGGCAGCUAUCGGUGGCGGACGACUGCGGACAACGAUCGGGGGGUGCCUGCUGGUGACGAUCUGCUUCUGGUUGGCGAAGUUGACACCGGUCGCCGCGCAGGUUCCGGGCUUUGGCCAAUGCCCGAAGGUGCCGGUGGUGGAGGGUUUCGAUACGUUCGCGUACCUGGGCCGUUGGUACGAGCAGGAGAAGUAUCCGUUCUUUUUCGAGCUCGGCGGGCGCUGCAUAACGGCUGACUACACACUGAACCCGGACGGCACAAUCGGGGUUUUGAAUAGGCAGAAAAACUCACUAACUGGCAAUGAAAAUUCCAUCAGCGGAUCGGCACGGAUCGUGAAGUCGGCCAAGCUUGCAGUCAAGUUCCCAAGUGCGCCAUUCAAUGUUGAAGCGCCUUAUUGGGUGAUCGGUACGGAUUACAAAUCGUACGCCGUGGUCUAUGCGUGCUCCGAUCUGCGCGGUCUUAUCAGUGCCAAAGUAGCUUGGAUUUUGACUCGCAAACGCCAUCCGGACAUCGAAACAAUGAAAAAAGCGUACGCCGUGCUGGACAGUGCGAAAAUCUCCCGAGCGUACCUCACGCGAACCGAUCAAAAGAACUGCGAAGAGGUGAAAAAAGCGGGCAAGUUCAUACUCAAAACGACGCCAAUCCGAGGAUGA